GCUAGAGUGCACCGACCUAAAUGCGGUUUGUCUGCCCUUCCGGAAAUUACGGCUGCUGGCAGCGUCCUGCGCGAUGGUGCGAUUUAAGAACCGGUACUUCCUCUGUGAGAUCAUCUCCGAAGACCCUCGCUGUCGGCAGCUUAUUGAAGAGCGCAUAGUGCACAAUGCAGUGAAGAAUGCUGUUGCAAGAAUACAUGGAGAUUUUGGAGUAGCCUGUUGCUCCAUUGCUUUUUCAGUAAAGUACCUCAACGCCUACACGGGAGUGGUUCUCUUCUGCUGCCGGAAGGAUUUUUAUCGGCUUCUGUGGUCAUCCCUUCCCUUUAUUACUCACUUGGAAAAUAGGAGCCAACGCUGCCCCUGUUCUUUUAACACCCUUCAUGUUGGAGCAACAAUACGCACGUGUCAGAAGUUCCUUGUUCAGUACAACAGGGACCAGCUACUGCUGCUGUUACGGAACUGUACCAGUGAAGCUGAUAGAGAAGCCAUCCGGAAGUCCAUCCAGAGCUGUGCACUUGUGGGAGUGGAGCAGUCCCAGAGGGAAGAUGAAGAGAGUGAGGAGAACAUGGAGUUGGAUUGAAUUGCAUCGCCCUGGAGGUGGUUAAGUCAAGGAGAUGGGUUGUGUGGUCCUCACCUGGCAAGGAUCAGUAUUCCCCCCCCCCCUUCCGUUUUUCAGGAUUUUAAAAUCUGCUAAAAAACUAGCUGAAUGCUUUAGCUAGUGUGUGUAUACCAGUAUUUCUCAACCUCGAUAAUUUUAAGAUGUGUGGACUAA